GCGUGAACAAAAGGGAUCGCUUGCCGCGUGCGCUCCCGCGCCGUGUUUUGCGAUACCGAACCCGAACGUUAUAUUUAUCGUCAUUUGUUAGCUUUUAUUGCACAUUUAAUCAAAAAUGGAGGCGUUAAGCCAGCUUCUGUUGGAGUAUCCUGAAAUAAUGUACAGUGGAGUCGGAGCUACGGCGUCGGUCGCCGUUGGGACGCUGAUAUACAAAAUUGCUACCAGAAAGAAGCCAUCCCACGCAGAUGUGAACUGCUGGUUUUGUAAUCAGAAUUCUGUGGUGCCCUUUGGGAACAGGAACUGCUGGGACUGUCCCAAUUGUGAUCAAUACAAUGGUUUCCAGGAGAAUGGGGAUUACAACAAACCCAUCCCAGCUCAAUACAUGGAGCAUCUUAAUCACGGAGUAUCUGGUAGCCUUCCCUCGACAACCAAGACACAGCAAGGGGUUAACAGUCAGAUGCUCUUGUGCAGAAAGUGCAAUAAGAACCAGACUGUCGUAGUAAAGCAGUUGGCCUCUUUUGCCCCACGGGAUGAUGAGAACUACGAUGAGGAAAUUGAGGCUUACAAGCACCACCUUGAGCAGACCUAUAAGUUAUGUAGGCCGUGUCAGACAGUGGUAGAAUACUACAUAAAAUAUCAAAACCGUCAACUUCGAAACAGGCUCCUAAACCAUCCGCUUCGACGCAGCGGAGAAACGGACAAGGGCUUCAUAAAGAGCUCCUAUUCUGCGUCUUCUCCCACUGGGGUCAUACUGUUACGGACCCUUGCCUUCCUGAUAUGUACUUUCCUAGUUGCUACAUCUUUGUAUGACUUUCCAUACCAGCUUACAUCACUUAGUGGCCCACAGACAUUAAGUGGUGGGGUCAUUCCUCCAAAGCUUAAAUCUCACAAUGAGUCCAGCCCCAACAACAAAAGCAGUGGAGAUGUGCCUGUAUGGCAGGGUCUGUUGGGGCUGCUUCCAGACAAGGUCAUAGAAAAUGCGCUGUUGGUUUGGCAACAUGGAAAGGACAACCCGUUGGCUGUAGUGUCCGUUGGCCUGCUGACUUGUCUUACUGCUAUCUUCUUAGCUGGACUUGUUAGGUUGAGGAGAAUUGAUGCUGUAGCCUCCGUCCUGUGGUUCUUCAUCCUGUGCCUCCACCUGGCUGAGAGCUACUUGACUGAUACCUCGGACUGGAUGGACACAGCCAAGCUUGGUACCGUCUCCCUAUGUUGCCUAGUCAGCUUGGCCGCUGCUGUGGCAACUCGCAAAACGCUGGGUCCAAGAAGAGCCAGAUAUCGAAGAUACCUCGCAGGCAGCGCUGCUGUCCCCUCCUUCAGCAGCCAGCCUCCUUUGCUCUCUCAGGACUCGGCCGACGCCUUCGUCCUGAGCCCGCCACCCAACCUCUUCAAGCUCAUCCACUGCCAACAGAGUCCUCACGUGCGCAAGGCUUCCCCCACCUCUCUGCCUGGGCGCCUCAGCAGAGCCCUCUGCCUCGGCACCACCCCUUCCCUCACCAGGACCGAUUCUGGUUACCUGUUUAGCGGAAGCAGACCAGCCUCCCAAUACAAAGACUCCCCGCCCUCAGAUUACUUUUCACUGAUGUCUGGGAGCCGCCCAUCAUCCCCCGGCCCCUCUCCCACUCCUUCAGUAGCCGGGUCAGUGACGUCCAGUUCAGGUUCUGCCAGACAGCGGCGCCCCCUCAUCAGCCCUGCUCGCCUCAACAUCAGUGGUCGGAAACUCCGGCUUUUCUCGACGGAGCCAGAACCCACACUCAUGUCCCCAUCAGUGUCUUCAUCACAUUUCCAUGCAAAGUCGGCUUCUUCCAUUUACAGUGGCUGCUUUUCACCUGACAUAUCGCCCUUCCAAAGCCAAAAUGAUUUGAGUUCUUUUUUGAGGGACGGUAGUGUGAUUGAAGAGAAAGAGAGGCGAGGCAGUUCCUCGGAGUCUUCCGCAUGCCUAGUUGGCACUACUACACAGGGACCUGAGAACACCCCUCCUCCUAAAGGUUUAAUUAAACAUCUCAUCUGGCCGGGCCUUUUGUUGGUCAGCUUGACAUCCAACCUUUGUUUCGCCGGCCUCUACAUGUACCACACCUGGAGAUGAACUGUGGAUGGAUGGGCUUGUUCUCAUGCGACCUGCACAGAACAAUAUCCAGAUUCCAUCCGAGAUCUUCUCACCAAGGUCGUCCUCCCAUUUUCAUUUGAGAUGCUCCAUGGAGGGUGAAGCCACCGACAGUGAUGCAUCAUCAUACAUUUGAGUUCUGGAGUUUCUCAAUCGGGCCUUUAUGAAUACAGUCCUCCAAACAGUUAGUAGGAGUUUGAGAAGGGCAUGUAAUUUAGGAUUUAGUCUCUAAAAAUGGUUAACUAUUGCUCACAAGGUGCAUAGGAGGCCGUUUUCCUUCAUUAUGUGUAUUUGCAUUUUGAUCUCUUUUUUUCAAGACUCUAUAUGAAAUUGUGUUUUAAUGCUUAUAUUGUAGGCCUUUGGUGCCAUGAUGUGAUAGUUAUGAUUCCUGAUUGACUGAGUGAUGUCAUUUUCUAGUGUGACCUGAUUGGUCUACAUGGGUCUACCAACAUAUUUAAGAAAUGCUCUCCUAUUGUUUUGUAAAGAAACCUGAUGAAGGCCUAUGUACCUAAACAAUGUCACUAAAUAUGAUACAAGUGAAGCAGACGAUGAAUUACAGUGAAAAUUGUUCUAUGUGGAAUGCCAAAUCAUGACUAUCUGGGAGAAAGACAUGGGAAUAUUGUUUUUGAACACGGCUGUCACAUUGCUCAGGCGACUUCUGGACAAUAAUGAGCUAAUGUUUCUGAGAAAACAAAAUGUGCUACUGAAAGACCUAAAUGACGGGGAGUUGUCUUACAAUGAAUAAUAUUUUAAGGUAUUGUAACCAUUUGACGUUCUGGUUCAUUUGCACUCAAUGUGUGACCUGUGUGUGUGUGUGUGUGUGUGUGUGUGUAUGUGUGUGUAUAUAUAUAUAUGUAUAUGUAUAUAUGUAUAUGUG